ACAGACAUCUCCAAAAAGUUGUAAUCUAGAUUCCCAUCAAGAUGACAAUAUGUCAAAUUCCACAGUGAAUAACUUCUUACAGUGUGCUGGUCUGUCUGUGAUCAUGACUGACAACAGUUUGGAGCACAUGAGGAAUCUCAAAGGAAUAAUAGAUGCAGCUGUGGAUGUCUAUUCCUUUAUGAGAUCCACCUUCAGUCAAGCCCCCAUCCUGGAGUUGUCUGGUGGGAUCAGUCUGAUUACUGAGGCUGAACAGUUCCAUGAUUUGGACUUUGUGAAGUUGUGGUUCCAGGUCAAGCUCAUGCCACUUCUGUCAUCUGUGUCCCGGCAAUUUCUGUCCUGUCUCAGCACCAAAAACUUCAGCUGUGAGACCUAUCAAGCUGUGGUAAAAGAACUAAGCCUCCAUUUUUCAAACAUGGAUCCUGUACGCCAGAGAUGGAUCUACAUGUUUUUCAUGUACCCCUUCCUUGCUGGGAAUGGAACAGCAGGUUGUAUUUCUCCUGAGGACAACAGUGAAGACUGGUUGAUGAAGAACUUUGGAUCAUUUUCUGCCAUGGCCAGCUUCAAAGACUUCACAACAUUGAACAUUGUCUUCAGCGGACUGGAAGUUCUGCAUCUCCUCACACCCGAGCAGAAGGCUGAGUUGAUUCUGCACCCUGAAAUUGGUGGACUGGACAAUGGGACAAUCAGCCUGGUCUUUGAGAGCCUGCUCAAACCUCUUCUAGAAAACCAGCACCUGAAUGUGUCACAGGCUGUGUAUGACAUGACCACACCAGCACCCAAUUACUAUACAACCACGAUGGAGCCUAGCCACUACAUGACAACUCAACAUAAUGGACUCAAAGAGAUUUUCAGAGGCUUCCUGAUGUUUCUGAAACCACUGGGGAGUUUUGUCAAGAAAUUUGCAUCUCUCAGUCAGAGGACAAACCUAACCUCUGUGAGGAGCACCACACUCACCCAGGCUGUGCUGAAUUGGACUCUGGCAGAACUAGCUGGACACUUCACCCAAAAUAUCACUGUGGGGAAUGAGACCAGGCCCAACCAGACUCCCUCGCUUGAAAACUUUGACAUCACCAACAUAGAUGAUUGGUUCCAACAUGUGGUGGUUCCUGUAUUGAAACGCUUCCUGCCUCACAAUCAGACUAAGAUCCCCCAAGACCUCACUGCUAUCUUCUAUCACCUCUUGUGA